AACCCCAAUGCGAAAUGACGAAGUCACCUCAUGUCACGCACGGCCUUGGAAAUGUUCCAAGUUUGUUCCACUCACAUAUGAAACAACAAUUAUUCGUCGAGUCAAGUGCUCAGCGUAAGAUUGUGUGCUUUAUCCAGGGUCAAUUUCAUCCACGGAGAUGGCAUUGGAACGGUUAUAUUUUGAUUGGCCUUGGGGCUGUCGGCAUUUGGUGAUGAUUGCCGCCUCUUGGGCAGAUUGGACCCCGCAGGUGCUCUUUCCCGUUAAGGAGGAAGGCGGCAAGGAAGUGUGGAUGGCGGCUUUCGAAUUGCCCAGUCCGGGCAUUUAUAGAUACAAAUUCAUCGUGGAUGGGGUUUGGGUGCAUGACCAAUCCAUGCCAGCCGAGCAAAAUGCAGACGGUGAAUGGGAAAACGUGGUUAAGGUAGGCAUUAUCGAAGAAGACCCCAAGAAUACAAUGGAUUUGCCGGCAGGAAUAUGUUCUUCCAUGAUCGCUCAUUAUGUCACUUUGACAUUGGACGUGCCUGAGCCGGAUGCGGCUGGCCAUGAGUUCGUCGAUGCUCCGGUGGCUUCAUCCGCGGCUCCACCCCAUUCGUUGGUGGCUCCUUGGAUGCACGGAGCCAUGCCAGAUUGGUUGAGAGACACUUGCAAGGACGUGAACAAGCUGAGCUCAGUAGUCAAUUGGGGCUAUAAGGCACCCCUUCAGUCCUCCAAGACGUAUCAAGUUGUAAUGAUCCGUCAUGGUGAGUCCGAAUGGAACAAGGAGAACCGCUUUUGCGGCUGGUUCGACGCUGGACUCUCGGCUAAAGGUGUGGAAGAGGCCAAAGCCGGUGGGAAGGCGCUCAAAGAUGCGGGAUAUUAAUUUGACGUGGCUCAUACGUCGGUGCUUCAACGAGCCCAAAAGACCUUGUCCACCGUGUUAGAACAAUUGGGACAGAAUGAGCUUCGCGUGGAAAAAACCUGGCGAUUGAAUGAACGCCAUUAUGGUGGACUCACAGGACUCAACAAAGCCGAAACGGCGGAAAUCCACGGCGAGGACCAAGUCCAG